AUGGCUCCUCCAACGGCACAGCAAGAUACCUUCAUAGACGAUUCGGACGACUACUGCCCGUUAUGCGUCGAAGAAUUCGAUCUCUCAGACAAGCACUUCAAGCCCUGCCCGUGUGGCUAUCAGAUCUGCCAAUUUUGCUAUAACAAUAUUCGAAAGAAUCUGAACGGCCUGUGUCCGGCCUGCCGGCGAGAAUAUACCGAUGCUACAAUGGAAUUCAAGCAGGUUUCACCAGAAGAGUAUCGGGCGGAACAGCAGAAACAAUCGCGUAAAAAGCAGGAGCAGAAGCAAAAAGAACUGCAGAAGCGCGAGCUCGAGCAGACAACCCGCAAACACUUGUCAGGCCUUCGUGUUGUUCAGAAGAACCUCGUCUAUGUGACCGGACUGAAUCCUCGUAUUAAGGAAGAAGAUCUACUCCAGACGUUACGUGGCGACCAAUUCUUUGGACAAUAUGGCAAGAUCCAGAAGAUCGUUGUCAACAAGCGAACCGCAGAUAAGGCCCCGACGGAAAGAAGUGCUGGAAUGGGUGUAUAUGUCACGUUUGCGCGAAAAGAGGAUGCGGAGAAGUGUAUUGCGGCUGUUGAUGGCAGCCAGAAUGGUGAUCGAAUCCUUCGGGCGACUUACGGAACGACGAAGUAUUGCUCUGCAUAUCUCCGGAACGAACAUUGUCCGAAUAAGAAUUGCAUGUUCCUUCACGAGCAGGGCGAAGAAGUUGAUUCCUUCACGAGACAAGAUCUCUCUUCUUUCAACGCCCAAUCGUCCCAACGAGCUGCGCCAUCCACUUCAACCUCCCAGAGCUCUCAGAGUACUGCACCAUCCCACCAUCCCCACCCCCCUGCACCUCCUGCACAAUCAACGCCGACCCUACCUGUCAGAGUUCCGACUUAUCAAAAUCAUCCGAGUAUCAAACCAUCAAAAUCUCCAGCCGUACAGGAUCAUGGAUCCCCUCCUCCUUCAGAAUCAUCUGCAUUGCCGUCGUCCGCCAGUUGGGCUGCUAGAAGCACCGGAACUCCCGUGAACAACCAAUCCAGUAAUGCACCUGAAGAAAAACCUACUAAAGGAACGAUCUUACGGACUCACCCUCCUGAAAAGCGGGCAACCCCUGAGCCCAGAAGAGUGGUGAAGGAGACUGCGAAAGAACGCCCGGCGAGCCGUGUUUCAGCUAUCGGGCCUACUUCCCUCGACAGUCCGGAAUCUAGCGAUGCGGCCGCCAGUCGUCCUAAGAGCAAGGCUGAGAGUGCCGAACCUAAACUUUCACAGUCGAGAGCACCUUCUCCACCCGCAAAUAUACCCGCUCCACCCGCAAACCCGCCUGCUCCACCCGCAAACCCGGUUGAGAUCAUGUUGGCGGAAUGUGUUAAACGCAUCACCUCUGGUAAAUUCAGGUUCUGCUUUGAUAAGUCGAUGCUGAGCGAAGAAGACUAUGAGGAAAUCCAACAGAUGCCACCUUUGAUCGACAAAUACGGUGGAGCAAAGCGGAGGGAGAGGCUAUUGAAAGAGCGUGAGCGAGAAAUCGAGGAAGAACGCAUCCGCUCACAGGCCCAGAUCCAACAAGCCCAACAUGUUUCUCCCCUACCAAUGCAUCAGCAAGUUCCGGUCCAGCCUCCGCAGCCUCCGCAGCCUCUUCCACCUAUCUCGCAACAAGUUCAAUCAAGGCAAACUGUAAACCAGAUGUUCACGAUUCAGACCCCCCAGUCCCAGGUCCAGGGACCACGAACUCAGACCCCUGGUUCCGCACUUAGUCAGCAGCAUCAAAACAUAUUGUCGGCUUCCCAGGGCUUGAUGCAACAGACACAGUUGGGUCAGACACUACCUCAACAUCACACACAGCAACAUACUCGGUCUUCAAGCCGAUACAACUUUGAUGGAAUCAAAGCUCCACCACAACAGAUUAAUCACCAACAACUCCUCCAACAGCAACAACAUUUGCCUGGCCAAGGUCUGCUUUCGAAUCAGAUAUAUGGUCUGAACGGUUCUAAUGCAAACGUUCAAGGACCGCCUCCUGGUCUGAAGUCUGCGCAGACGCCACCAAACUUGAUGCUCUAUGGUCACCCGGCUUUCGGGCUCGGCGGAGGCGGGAUGGGAAGCAACAACCAGCAAAUUGGGCAUAUGCCUGGUCACGCUAAGAGCGAGAGCCAGGACUUGAUGCAAAUGAUGAGGAGCGGCGCUGGAAAACGUAAGUCCCAUCUCUCCCUUCUAGGUGUCCCGAGGUUACAGCGCCAGGCUGAAAUGGCGAUGGGUAAAGAUGCGGAUCCUGCGAUCCUUCAGUCGCGUCUUGGGCCUCAGCAGCAUCCGUUGCAGCAUCAACUCGGUCUCGUUGGUCAUAAUCAACAAGUAGAACCCGUUGAUGAAAUCAUCCCCUCCGCAGAAGAACUCGAGACGAUCGAUAAACUUGUAGAGGACAGAACAGAGUUUGUGCCGGCUACGCCCCCCGCUGUUAGCACGCCAUCUGCACUCCCUCCCCUUCGUCCCCAAGAUGUCCCUGUUUUGCCUGCUACACCUCUGCUGGAUUACGCAACUGUAGGCAAAGCAAAGUCACCCAUGGUAAAGGCGGCCACGCCCGUCACGCCAAAGGUGCAGCCCGUGGUUUCGGAACCUAAAUCUAAAAAGAAGAAGGAUGACAAAGCGCAAGCCACACUGACUAUGGCGGCUGUGGCUAAAGCCCCGCCCCCGCCUCCUACCCCUAGUAAAACCACGUCAAAGGAGCCCGCCGGGAAGAAGGCGAAACCCCCCACUUUGCCGCCUUUAGCUGCCGUCGUCGCUGCUGCUACAGCUGAGCAUUCUCCCACGUCUGCUAGGUCACCGGCGGCCGCGAGCCCAAAGAUUCUCAAGCUAGCGGCGAUCAACCAGUCGGGAGAUGCAGGACCAUCAAGCGCUGCAUCUUCAGUUCCUCCAACACCUUUGUUGGCGACUGCUGCUCCAGUCCCCACAUCUCGUGCCCGCACUAUGCGUAUUGUUUCGUCUACUCCUUCUGUAGAAAACAAAGCGAAGGGUGAUGGGAAGGACAAAGAUAGUAAGUUGCAAGAUGGCCCUGCUAUCGCAAACACGGCUACAAAACAAGUUACCAGGCCGGCUACACCCGCUAGCGAGCUCAUCAGUGAUACUGCUUCGACCACCUCGAGUAAGCGUGGUAGUAUCAGUAGUCCAAUGGUUCGCAGCGACUCCAUCGCAUCUAGUACGCUUGCAAUUGCCGGGAAAGUAAAGUCUAAGUCAGCGUUGAAGAAGGAACGCCAAGCACUUGCGAGAAAAGAAGAAAGGGAAAGAGAGAAGGAGAAGGAAAGAGAAAAGGAAAAAGAUAGCGCCCCAAUCCCUAGCCCUACCGUCGAAGAUCAUGCACCGGUCGUUGCCCGUGCUAGGAAGAAGGAGAAGAAAAGUAAGGCAGCUGCUGCUGGUAAGACCGUCAAGACAACCGCUUUGCCAGCUUCUCCGGGGAUCCUAACGCCAACCGGCAUCAGUCCCGCCGCGGCUACUGCUGCUGCGGCUGAGAUUGAACACCGUGAUGAUCGCUCUAGUCGCGCGGGAAGUGUUAGUGUUGCCGCUCCAAGUGAAGCACACCACGAACAAGCCAGUGCCGACUCGGGUAAUAACGAUGCAGAAAGCGAGCCCAAUAAGCCGGAUAUUUCUUCCACAAUCAAUGCAAACGAUAUCAUAACUGCGCUGAAUGAAUCUCGGGAAAUCGAUUUUAUGGACCUCGAACUUCUUAAGCCAGUUGUAGGGCUUCAGCAUCGGUUCGAGAUCAAUUCCGCAGAGAUAUCAGAGUUUGCAAAGAGACUUAGCAUGGUAGCUGCCUCAGCGGGCGAUGUUGGUGACCAUCAGAUUAGUGUUGAGAUUACGACGAAUCCUGCUGCAAUCGCUUCUGCAGGUUCAAAUUCUCAGCCAAAUAAGGGCGGUGCUGCGACCACUCGGCUCAUCGUUACACCUGGUGGAGUUAUGCUCAAGGGACUAAGCGCAGAGCAAGAAGCGAAGUUUAUCAGGCUCGAGGAAAGGGCAUCUAAGACACCGACUCCGUUCAAAUCGUCCGACCUGGCUAAAGCGACGUUUCCAGUUGCUAAGAAGGAACUGGCAACCACACUAGCCGAGACUUUGGCGAGCAAAGCCGCUGGCCUUGCGGAUUUGAGCUUGGAGGACACAUUGGCCUAUCUUAACCAAUUAAACCAAUUCUUGGAGUUCUCCCCAGAAACCGCUGCCGCAGCAGCAGCAGCAGCUAGCCAGCUUGCCCAAGCUCAUACGCAAUUUACAACGGGGAGGUUCCAGCCGGCCCCGAUACAACAAGGUCCAAUUCCUUCCUCCUCAAAAGUACUUACAAAUUCUCCUUCGUCCGGUUCUAAAAAGCCUGGGAAAACCCCUCCGUCUACGGCCAUAGGGCCUCCACCUGCACCAAUCAAUCCCGCAAGCGUUGCUUCAGCUGCUGUUGCCGCAGCCGCAGGCUCUCUCGAGCAGAUGCUUAUGGUUGGCUUUCAAUCUGCGUUUAAUAGUAAACCGAUGACCGAGAGUUCCAUGACAGCGGAGGAGGCCGAGAAGCUGUUGGUCAUGAGUAGGAAAGAAACGGAAGCUUACGAAAAGAAGCUGAAUAAUUUGAUGAAGAGGAACAAGAGGCUCAUAUUUGGGGCCUUAGGAUUACAGGUUUAA